AUGCAAUUAGAGGCACACACUGCUAUAAAAGCGGAUGACAUGAGCCCCGCAGAUCAUCAUUUCAGCAUGAGGUCGAGUCUUCUGUGCCUUCUUAUCGCUCUCGUCUGCUUGUUAGCUGUCAGUUCGGCUACAGCCAAGGUGAUUCCCAAGCAUCACCACCAAGGAGGUGUUCAGAAACGUGGCGAGGCUGGUGAUGGUGAACAUGAAGGUGCUGACAAAGAGGAACACAAGGCUGACCACGGCGAUGAAGAAGAAGAAGAAGAUGAUGAUGAGGAGGAGGAGGAAGACCAAGAAGAUGAAGAGGAUGAGGAACACAAAGAGCACAUUGAGAAAAAGCAGGGAGGAGAUGACGACGAGGACGAUGCUGAAGAAGAUGAUGACGAUGAGGAUGAUGAGCAGAAGAAACGUCUGAAGAAAAAGCAAACCAUGGACGAUGAUGAUGAAGACGUCGAGGAAGACGAAGAGGAUGAAGAGGAAGAAGAGGAGGAAGAACACAAAAAACGCAUUAAGAAAAAACAACAGGAUGAUGAUGAGGAGGAGGAGGAGGAAGAGGAGGAGGAAGACGAUGAGGAGGAAGAGGAGGAGGAGAAGGAACACAAAAAACGCAUUAAGAAGAAGCAACAUGAGGAUGACGACGAAGACGAUGAUGAAGAAGACGACGACGAUGAGGAUGAUGAGCAGGAGAGGCGUCUGAAGAAAAGGCAAACCAAGGACGACGAUGAUGAAGAAGACGAGGAAGACGAUGACGAUGAGGAGGAUAAGUACGAAGGUGAACAUAAAAAAAGCCUGAAGCAGAAGUGGAACGAUUUCUGGUCAGACGUGAAAAAGUGGUUCCGCAAAGUCAAGAAAGAUAUAUAA